ACAUCUUCUCGUUUCAAACCCAAGCGUUUACUUUAUUGAAUCACAUAGGAACAAUGGAAAGUUCAGCAAGAGUAAAGAAGGGAGCUGGAGGGAGGAAAGGUGGUGGCCCCAAGAAAAAGCCUGUUUCAAGGUCUGUCAAAGCUGGACUCCAGUUUCCCGUCGGAAGGAUCGGCCGUUACUUGAAGAAAGGAAGGUAUUCGCAGCGGGUCGGAACUGGAGCCCCGGUUUACUUGGCUGCUGUUCUUGAGUACUUAGCCGCUGAGGUUCUGGAAUUGGCUGGAAACGCCGCACGUGAUAACAAGAAGAACAGGAUCAUCCCAAGACACGUGCUGCUCGCCGUGAGGAACGACGAAGAAUUGGGCAAACUCCUCGCUGGCGUCACCAUUGCUCACGGUGGAGUGUUACCAAACAUCAACCCUGUUUUGUUGCCGAAGAAGACCGAAAGGGCCGCGAAAGAACCCAAAUCCCCAUCGAAGGCCACCAAGUCUCCCAAAAAAGCUUAGUUUGUAUUAAGAAACUCAGAUUAGCAGGAGUUGGAUUCCUCCGUGCUUUUGUUAUGUAGGUUUAGAAUAUUUUAGGCAAUAUUAAUGUCAUAUGUAUGUUACUUUAAUGGAAAUGAAAUAUCUUCUUUUUGCUCUUUA